AAGUGAAAAUGCUGCAAUAGGAUUUUAUUUUUAUAGCAUAUAUUUUAUUUUUAAACUUAAAAAAAUAUAUUUUUGAGUAUUAUCGGGACAAUCUCAACUUUCCUUUUUUUUCCCCUUUCGGUUAGGGUUUCCGGAAUCUUCCAAUUGGAUCCAUCUUCAUGUCGUCCACGGAUCGGAAAAUCACGCUGAAGAGCUCGGACGGCGAGAGCUUCGAGGUGGACGAGGCGGUGGCUCUUGAAUCACAAACGAUUAAGCAUAUGAUCGAGGACGAUUGCGCCGACAACGGCAUCCCUUUGCCCAACGUCACCAGCAAGAUCCUCUCCAAAGUAAUCGAGUACUGCAAGAAACACGUGGAAGCACAUAAAUCCGACGAUCGUUCAGCCUCUGUUGACGAUGAGCUUAAGUCUUGGGACGCUGAUUUCGUCAAGGUCGAUCAAGCCACCCUCUUCGAUCUCAUCCUGGCUGCUAAUUAUUUGAACAUCAAGAGCUUGUUGGACCUGACGUGUCAAACAGUGGCGGAUAUGAUAAAGGGCAAAACACCAGAGGAGAUCCGUAAGACAUUUAAUAUCAAGAAUGAUUUUACUCCAGAGGAAGAGGAGGAGGUUCGUCGGGAGAAUCAGUGGGCCUUUGAGUGAAAGCAUCUGAAUCCAUUUGAGCAUAAGCUUUUUACUGUUUUUAUUUUUCAAUGUGCUUGAGAACAUGGGGUUGGUAUUUUCUGUCUGUUUUUACAUGCUUUAACUGUUAUGUCUCGUUGAACCGUUCUAAUGUUAAUUAAUGUUGUUCCUUAUCAA